GCCAGCUAGCCUUAAAGAGCAGAAUGGAUCUUGACGUGGUUAACAUGUUUGUGAUCGCGGGCGGGACGCUGGCCAUCCCAAUCCUGGCAUUUGUAGCCUUGUUUUUCCUGUGGCCUUCGGUGCUGAUAAAAAUCUAUUAUUGGUACUGGAGGAGGGCAUUGGGCAUGCAGGUUCGCUCUGCUCGCCAUGAAGACUAUCAGUUCUGUUAUUCCUUCCGUGGUAGGCCUGGGCACAAACCUUCCAUCCUCAUGCUCCAUGGGUUCUCUGCACAUAAGGAUGUAUGGCUCAGCAUCGUCAAGUUUCUUCCAAAGAACCUGCACUUGGUCUGCGUAGACAUGCCAGGACAUGAGGGUACUACCCGUUCUCCCCUGGAUGACCUGUCCAUAGAAGGGCAAGUUAAGAGGAUACACCAGUUUGUAGAAUGCCUCAAGCUGAACAAAAAACCAUUCCACUUGAUAGGCUCCUCUAUGGGCGGCGCUGUGGCUGGGGUGUAUGCUGCUUACUACCCGUCAGAUAUUGGCAGUCUGACCCUUGUGUGCCCCUUUGGCCUGCAAUACACAAUGGAAACACCAGACCUACUACAGCUCGAAGGAACACAGAACUUGGAUACCAUAGAGAAGUCCCACUUGAUCCCAUCCACUGCAGAGGAGAUGAGUGAAAUGCUUCAGUUCUUCUCCUACGUCCGCCUUAAGGUGCCCCAGCAGAUCCUGCAAGGCCUUGUUGACGUCCGCAUCCCUCACAACAACUUCUAUCGAAAGUUGCUUUUGGAACUCAUCAAAGAGGAGUCAAGAUACUGUCUCCAUCAGAACAUGGACAAGAUCAAGGUCCCAACACAGGUCAUCUGGGGGAAACAAGACCAGGUGUUAAGUGCAUCUGGGGCAGACAUUUUGGCCAAGUCAAUCACCAACUGCCAAGUGGAACUUCUGGAAAACUGUGGGCAUUCAGUGGUGGUGGAGAAACCCAGGAAGACAGCUAAGUUCAUCGUCGACUUUUUAGCUUCUGUGUACAACACAGACAACAAGAAGCUGGACUGAGGCCCUGACUGCAGCCUGCACUCUGCACCCCGCACCCCGCAUCCUCUUCCAUCUCCCAAAUUUGAUGCUGACAGGAUACGAUUUCUCAGAGAUCCUGCCGCAAAAGUGGUCAGAGCACCAGUGUCCCUGAGGAAGCCAGUCCCCUAUUCCCAGUCAGAUCCACAGAGCUUUGGGGGCCACAAGGAAAUCUCCAACAUGUUUUUCACAAAAUGGAAAUUAAUAUGGAACAAAAUAAGAAAACCCAGCCUUGAAAUCUAUUGAGAAGUCUUCAAGUUCACGUUGCAAAGCAGCCACCUUGAACCAUAAUCACUGAGGACAUCCUUUCUUUAAAACACUUCUCACAAACAGACUUGGGGUAUUUCUGUUGCUUCAGAUGUCCUCUGCAUGGUGUCUGUUUGUCCCCAUUCACCAAGCCCCUCUCGUUUAUGUCUCCUUUAAGUUUUACAUAAAGACCCGUAUGUGAAUGUAGUCUGUCAGCUGCAAGAUCAGGGAGGAAAAUGGUGAGCUAUGGAAAAUAUUUACACAUGCAGAGGGGUGUUCUGCCUUGGCCCAGCACUUGGAGCAGCAGAGAACAUGGGUGGUGGUUUGAUCAGCUCCUAUGUGUCAGGUAUGCCAUGAGUGAAUUUAGAACAGUCACGGUAUGAAGAACUCCUGUAAGGGUGGGUUUCCUGGAAAUAAUUUAUUAUUUCUAAAAACAGAAAUAAUAAUAAAUAAUAAAAUAAUAAUAAAUGA